UAAUCAAUCAUCUCUGUUCUCUCUCUCUCAUCCUCCCUCCCUCGCUCGCUCUGAGAGGGCAAGAAAUAGGCUUUCAUUUCAUUCUUUAGAGAGAGAGAGAGAGAGAGAGCGCAGAAGGUGGUAAGACCGUUUUGACCUUGUCGUCUCCCCAGCAGAUUUUUGUUUUUAGUCAUAGGCGAUUCUUUCUCCUCCUGCACCUAGUCUCUCUCAAUUAAUCCAACAUGAACGAGAAAGCCAACGUCUCCAAGGAGCUUAAUGCUCGCCACAGAAAGAUUCUUGAGGGGCUUCUUAAACAUCCAGAGAACAGAGAAUGUGCUGACUGCAAAACAAAAGGUCCAAGAUGGGCUAGUGUUAAUUUAGGUAUCUUUAUCUGCAUGCAAUGUUCUGGGAUUCACAGGAGUCUCGGCGUACACAUAUCAAAGGUUCGAUCUGCCACCCUGGACACAUGGCUCCCGGAGCAAGUUGCAUUUAUUCAGUCAAUGGGAAACGAGAGAGCAAAUAGUUACUGGGAAGCUGAGCUACCCCCAAACUAUGAUAGAGUUGGCAUUGAGAACUUCAUACGUGCAAAGUAUGAAGAGAAGAGAUGGGUUUCUAAAGGUGAAAAGGCUAGAUCACCCCCAAGAGUCGAGCAGGAACGGCGGAGAUCUGUGGAGAGGACUACUGUGCCUGGAUAUGAGCAUGGGCACAGUAGUGGUACUCCUGUAAAUUUAUUCGAGGAAAAGAAAACUGUCCAAGCACCUAGAACAAGAUAUAGUGCUUCUGCAACGAGGAUAAGUCUUCCCGUACCUCCCCAGGGACCUGGUCAGGUUAUAAAGCCACAGCAGAAAGUAGAAUCUGUAGCGGCUCCUGUGGAGACGACGAAACCAGCAGUAAAUGUUGCGCCCGUAUCAGCAGAACCUCCAAAGGUGGAUUUUGCUACUGAUCUCUUUAACAUGCUAUCAAUGGAUGAGCCGACUGCAAAUACCUCAGAGGCGGCUCCUCCUGCUGAUGAUAAUUGGGCUGGCUUUCAGUCGGCUGGAAAUGGUCAAACGGCAGAGAAAAGUGUUGCAGCAAAGCCUGAUGAGAUCAGUUCUCCUCCAGCUACUGGCAUCGAGGAUUUGUUUAAAGACACACCUACUUUAGUUGCCCAACAAGCACCACAGAAAGAUGUGAAAGGCGAUAUCAUGAGCCUAUUUGAGAAGACGAAUAUAGUGUCGCCUUUUGCCAUGCAUCAGCAACAGGUUGCUAUGCUUGCUCAGCAGCAAGCUCUAUACAUGGCUGCAGCAGCAAAAGCUGCUGGCGGGACUCCAAACGGUGUGAAUCAGCAAGCUGUUGCUAAUGCUCUAAACUUAGCAUCCGCAAAUUGGUCAAACACUGGCUACCAGAUCCCUGGAAUGACUAACCCAGGAGGAGGUGGUCAAGCUGAUCUCCAGAAACUUAUGCAAAACAUGAGACCCGCACAACCGCAAGCAAGCACUCCUCAAUAUCCAGUAUCCAGUUUCUACACUACGGGUCAAGGUAAUGCCGCGGGUAAUGGUAUGACCCCAAACUCAGCCGUGAAACCUCAGACGUCAUCCUCGGCGGCGAGCACUACACCAUCUUCUCAAACAGGCAAAGACUUCGAUUUCUCAUCCUUGAUGGACGGAAUGUUCACAAAACAUUGAUCAAGAGAGGGACUUUUCCCGAAUUCGCACGUCUCAAAAUUUGAAGAAUUAAAAGAUAUAUACUAUAUCAAUUAACAGUUUUCUGUUAAAACAAUUUUUUCCUAUCAAACUUUGUUGUAGUUUGGGGUUUGAUUCUUGAGAAGAAGAAAAAAAAGAUUUUACCCAUAUUUUUUAUAAUAUGCUUGUUAUAUUAGUUUAAUGUAUAAAAUAAAAUAAUCAAAUUAUGUUGUCUACUAUUCCUUUAUUAACACAAACCA